AUGCGGAAUCGACCCUAUCCAGUGCUCAAGAGGCGUCGCAUGGAUUGGUUGCGCGAUCUGGUCCUUCCGGGCACCAACUGGUGCGGCACCGGAUGUUGCGGAUACGAUCCCCAACGAUACAACACGUGCGCGACGGGGACGCUCGACAGCGCGUGCCGUUUGCACGACCAUUGUCGGGCCGUGUAUGACCUGCACGGCAUCGCCCAUUUUACCGAUUGCGCGUGCGACCACGAGCUGUAUCAAAACGCCCGCGACAACGUGCUCGUCACAUCGGUCUACGGACCCGAGAGCCUCUGGCCGUGCCUCGAUCCGCGCGGCCAGCUGCGCAUGGGUCCGUCGCGAUACGACAAUGCGACUCGCACGAACACGACAUACGUGUCACUGCCUGGCGAGAAGUGCGACAUGGACAAACUCGAUUGCAACAUGUGCGACAACGCGACGCGGUGGGGGUGGGAGACGCUGCUGGGGUGGGCGCCGUCGCCGGGUCGCCGUCGAUAG